AUGCCACUACAAAGCACCGCCCUAUUAUGGGCGAGCCUCAGCAUAGCUGCCGCCUUCAAAGCGGGGCCCACGCCGAUGCGCCGGGCGGAUGAUAGGCUAUCGGGGCCCUCGAUUCCGGUGGAAUAUUGUGCCACCGUUAACACCGCCGACAUGGAUCCUUUUAAUAGUAUCUACCAGAGCGAGGGCCGUUGCUAUACCAACUGCACCGAUCUGAACUUUGCUCUUGCCAUCGUGCAGGAAAAGAACUGCUGGUGUUCGAACCUGAUUCCAAACUCGGACGACCGGACGUCGCUCUCGGAUUGCCGCUCGCCUUGCCCCGGCUACCCUACCGACUACUGCGGCGGUGAUGGCGUCUUUGGGUAUACAAGCCGGCGGGGGCAAUCCCAAGGGUACGGCGCCUCCGGGCGGCUCUGCCACUGCCUUGCCAGCCAGCUCCUUACCAUUACUUUGUCUCAAACGCCGUCGAGCGCUUCAAGUUCCUCUACUUCUGACUCUUCAUCCUCGUCUACUUCCAGUGAGAGUAGCUCAACAGCAGCAAGCACGACGCAAUCGCAAUCGCAAUCGCCAGUCGUGCAGACCGUUACAAUAGGCGGGACAGUCAGGACCGUGACUGCCACUGCCGGCAUAACACAACCGGACGCCGAUAAGGACAAGAGCAUCAACGGAGGCGCCAUUGCAGGCAUAAUAAUCGGCAUCCUCGGCGGCCUGUGCGUAGCGGCAGGCGCCAUCUUCUUCUGGCUACGGCGGAGGAGGGAAAAACAAUUGAAUGAAAAGGGCAUGGGAUCACCAGUAGGGAGAGGUGGCUCCCCUGCCAUGAUGACCACAACCACAACGGGCGAGGGCUCGGCAGCGGGUGGGUCGGCCGGAUUGGACUCCAACAAGCGGCGCAGUUACUUGAUGCCGAUCGACCCGCGGCUCGAUCCGUUCGCCACGGGCAUCUACACUGGCGACCAUAACAGGAGUCGCGAGAGCUUCAACUCGCUGCAGGACAACCACGACUACUCGAGACGGGUGCACGAUCCGCCCCGGGUCUUGAGGGCUAUCAAUCCGGACCCAGCCGAUGAUGACUGA